AAUGCGUCUCUUGGCACUUGCCUCAACUCUCUCGCUGGACCUUCUGGGUUUUCAGAAGAAAAAGGCUCGAAAUUUGGAAAUUUGGAAAUUUGUCUGAAACGAUACCCUUUGUUCUUGAUCUCUCUGCCCCACGCUGGCUUAAUAGACGGGUUAGGUCAUGGCCACCAAGAAAGUCAUAGCGAUAUGUCAGUCAGGGGGAGAGUUUGUGACCAACAAAGAUGGAUCGUUAUCCUAUUCCGGAGGCGAUGCUUACGCGAUAGACGUCGAUCAGAAUACUUCGAUGACCGAUUUCAAGUCAGAGUUGGCCGAAAAUUUCGGGUUCAGUUGGGAGAGUAUGACCCUCAAGUACUUUCUUCCCGGAAACAAGAAGACCCUCAUCACCAUUUCUAAGGACAAGGAUUUCAAACGCAUGGUCAAUUUUUCCGCUGAUGCGGGGAGCGUUGAGAUCUUCGUCCUACCCGAGGAAGCUGCCGCUAGGAAUGUGUCGAACAUGCCAGCCAGUAGGUCAAGCAGGACAACGGCCUCUGAAGCUGUGUUACCUCUGGUUGUUUCAGGUGAUGUCGUAGGGGAUGAGGAUUUGACAAAUGAUUUCCAAAUCGACAUGGCAAUGCCCGACGAAAGCCCUUUGCCGUGCAAUUUUGUCUUGACUGACGAAAAACAUCACAAAGCGGCACAGCAGUGGGAAAACGCCAUCACGGGUGUCGAUCAAAGGUUCAACAGCUUCAGCGAAUUCCGAGAUUCAUUGCACAAGUAUUCAAUCGCCCACGGGUUUACUUACAAGUACAAGAAGAAUGAUAGCCAUCGGGUUUCCGUGAAAUGCAAAGCUCAAGGCUGUCCAUGGCGGAUUACUGCAUCAAGGCUGUCGACCACACAGUUGAUAUGCAUCAAGAAAAUGAACCCGAGGCAUACGUGUGAGCGAGCAGUUGUGAAAGCCGGUUAUCGGGCAACGAGGGGUUGGGUCGGAAGCAUCAUAAAAGAGAAGUUAAAGGCCUUUCCGGACUACAAGCCGAAGGAUAUCGCUGAGGACAUAAAGAGAGAGUAUGGUAUUCAAUUGAAUUACUCGCAAGCAUGGCGAGCGAAAGAGAUUGCCAGAGAACAGCUCCAGGGAUCUUACAAAGAGGCAUAUAGUCAGCUACCCUUUUUCUGUGAGAAGAUCAAGGAGACGAAUCCGGGGAGUAUUGCCCAUUUCACGACGAAAGAAGAUUCUAGCUUCCACCGUCUUUUCAUCUCGUUCUACGCUUCGAUAUCUGGGUUUAGACAAGGUUGCCGUCCUCUCCUUUUCCUCGACAGUGCUGUCUUAAACUCCAAGUACCAAGGGGUUUUUCUCGUUGCCACGGCUGCUGAUGCCGAAGAUGGGAUAUUUCCGGUAGCUUUUGCCGUUGUGGAUUCCGAGACUGAGGGAAACUGGUUUUGGUUCUUGGAAGAACUUAAAUCCACGUUAUCUGAAUCCCGUAGCAUCACAUUUGUAGCAGAUUUCCAAAAUGGUCUGAACACCGCUUUACCUCAGGUCUUUGGGAAUGGACACCAUGCCUACUGUCUACGCCACCUUGCCGAGAAACUAAACACGGAUCUGAAGGGGCAAUUUUCUCACGAAGCAAGGCGGUUUAUGAUUAACGAUUUCUACGCCGCUGCUUAUGCCCCGAGGCUCGAGAGCUAUUACCGUUCUCUCGAGAAUAUAAAGAGUAUAUCCCCCGAUGCUUACGCUUGGGUUGCGGAAAGCGAGCCACACCACUGGGCCAAUGCCUUGUUCUUGGGAGAGAGGUAUAACCAGAUGAACUCAACCUUCGGGCUAGAUUUCUACAGCUGGGUAUCCGAAGCACAUGAGCUACCGAUAACGCAGAUGAUCGACGAACUCCGAGCAAAGAUGAUGCAGUCGAUUUACACCCGUCAGGUACAAUCCCGGGAAUGGGUCACGGCCCUUACACCAUCAAACGAGGAGAAACUACGGAAGGAGAUAGAACUGGCCCGGUCACUUCAGGUGUCGCCACCGCACGGUAGGUUGUUUGAGGUCCAGGGAGGAGAAUCCAUCAACAUAGUCGAUAUAGAUCAGUGCGAUUGCGACUGCAAGGCCUGGAGGCUAUCGGGCUUACCAUGCAGCCACGCGAUUGCAGUCAUCGAGUGGAUCGGGAAAAGCCCUUACGAGUACUGUUCAAGAUACUUCACGGCCGAUAGUUAUCGGUUAACGUAUGCAGAGUCGAUUAACCCGGUUCCGAACAUAGACAGGAUGAUGAUGGAUGAGCCGCUGGCUGAAGGGGCGGUUUCCGUGACUCCGCCCCCCACGAGGAGGACGCCGGGAAGGCCGAAGACAAAGCAGGUGGAGCCGUUGGAUAUGAUCAAACGUCAGCUCCAAUGUAGCAAGUGUAAGGGGUUAGGUCACAACAAAAAGACUUGCAAAACUGUUCCCUAGUGAUUGGAGUUCUUGAGGAAGAAAAAUAUAAGGUAUUAGGACAUUUGUACUUUAGUUCUAGUUUUAGUUUUUUCUUUUAUUGACCGGCCGUUGGUUUUGUCUUCUCGUCGGAUAAAUUAUGGAUUCAAGGUUUUUUGGUUGGGUGAGUGAGUGAAGGGUAGAGGUGAGCGCACACUUAACACUUGCUUUGUAUCAAAUUAUGAAAUGGAAUCUGUUUCUUAAUUA